AUGGCAGCGUCGCGUGACAAACAUUUUGAUCCGCGUGAAUUUGUAACUAUUAAACCUCUUCCAUGUAGCCGGACAUCGGGAGAAAAGUUACAAGCGCGCAGUAAGACCGCGUAUGUCACCUGCCGUGAUAGGCAGGUGUUCUGGGAGAACUUCAGUCGCAGACAGCGACAGCUCAGUCGACAGGGGUACCGAGCAGCGACUUGGCGACCCUACGAGGAGGUCGGAGAACCGCUGCACUUGGAACCAAAAAAGCUGAUCCUCUCUUCACUAGGACAACUCGAUGAGCUGGCAUCCGAAGCUGCGCCAUUGCCAUCUAAAGAUGCCCCUGUGAGACUUUCCUCUGCCCCAGACACACCAAAAGCAACAAAGAGCUUGUCGUUCAUUGGCCCAAGGACAAGAAGUCGAGAAGAUGCUAUCAACCUCAAGAAACACCUGGGCCAAACAAGGCGGCUGGUGAGUGCGGUGCGGCAGGGCAGGGGCUACCUCCAACUGCUGCAGAGGGAGGAGCAGGAGGUGCAGGAGGCCAGGCAGAAGGAGGUGAAGAGGAGCGCUGGACCACACCCUCCCUGUCUCUCCUCCGACAGCGACACUGACUUGGAGAGCCCCGUGUCUCCUGGCCAGAGGGGGCCGAGCGGUCACAGGCCGCCAGAGAGGACACGUGGAGGGGUAGGCAGGAGCCAAUCAGCACGGCCGUUACGGCCCUUCACCCCCGUACACCACGCCCUCACCUCCCCCCAGCUGAAGCAGCUCCCAUCGGAGUGUGUGUUUCGCCAGCUGUGCUGUCUGAACUGGCUCCUGGAGGCCGUGACCUUGGGCAGAGCCGGCAGGACUGCCCCUGUAUCAACCUGCUGGGACUCCAAUGGUCCAGGUGAGAGCAGAGCAGUGAUGAGGACCAUGGCCAAGGAGAGGGCCAUCCAGGCCAAGUGGGAGCAGUUUGUGGCGCAGCCAAAGGCUCAGCGCAGGCCUCCCCCCAGGCCAUCCCGCGCCUCCUCUGGCUGCUCCUACCUGCGUAAGACCUCCAGCCUGACCAGGCCGCCCUCCUCCUCCUCCCUGGCCACCUGCACCACCACCCUGGGGGGCAGCCACACCUCCCUGGCCCAGGGCACCACUGGAGGAGCCGGAGCUGGAGCUGCAGCUGCAGCUGCAGCUGGAGCUGGUGCGGUGUCCUCCGCAACAACACAACCUGGAGAAGACGCAGAGCACCAGAGUGUGGAAGAGUCAGACGCUGAGCCGCCCAUCUCCGACUACCUGCGGAAGCUUCUGGAAGAGGUCUACAAGAGUGUGGCCAAAGAACUCUAUGGCUCAGCCACGGCCCCUGACUUUGUGUGGAGCAGCUGCCCAGCCGCCAGACAGCUCUUGUCCUCUACAGCGGACAGGAAGUGCUCCCGGUUGGAGGAGCUGAGGACUUCCUUUGAGGAGCACGCCGAGGAGGUGGCCCAGCUCUUCAGCGACAGUCUAGAGGCCAAGGCCAAGAAGCGUUGGGAUUACGCUCUUGAGCGUCUGCAGGCCCUCUGUAGGAAGACCUCCUCUUUGGCAGCAGACAUCCGCCAGCCCAUUGCACACAGCAGACUUGAGGAGGACCCAGACAAGCCUUACAGCACCAAGUGGCUGCUAGUGCUAUUGGGUAAUCUAGGCGAGGCGGCCGAGCAUAACAGGAAGUUGGCGCGUGUGUUGGAGAAGCUGCGUCACUUCGCUGAGGAGCGCCGGCUGCGCGUGCGGCCCCAGGUCUUCCUGAAGGUGCUGGGCGGCCUGCAGAUCUGGGAGCUGUGCCUGCCUGACCUGUGUGUGGCCAUUGAGGUGGUGCGGGAGCACGCUGUGAAGAUGAGCAGAGAGGACUACGACGCUUGGCUGCUGGGCAGGAUCUCUGGGGCCCAGGGGGGCCAGGGGGCCCCACACCCACACCAGCGCCUCAUGACUACCUCAUGACAG